GUCUGGCUGGGCACCUCCCUCCCCGUGCUGUUGUGCGUCUUUGCAGUGGCAUUAAAGUGCUUAACGUCAGCCAACCCGGGAGGAAGCCAUAUCUAAACCCGAUGUAAUGGAUGGAAUAGUGCUUUGGCUUGGGUGGUGAAGUGGAGAACUGAGGAAGGAUGGCGGCCGUGACGAUCGCGACGGCGCUGCUCUUCGGCGGAGUGGGCUCGGCGACAGGGCGGGGAGCUCCCGCCCCGGGCACCCGCAGCCGCGCCAGGGCAGCGCGGCUCCUUUAAGGGCGGGCGGGCGCCCGCGCCCCAUGCCGCUCGCGCCGGAGCCGGAAACGUCGGUGGACGCGGCCCAGGGCCUGUGGAGCCGGAGCGCUGCGGCCCCGCCAUGAGCCGGCCGCCGGCCCUGCAGGCGCAGACCUGCGGCCCCUGGGAGAUGAAGGAGCGCCUCGGCACUGGCGGCUUCGGCAACGUCAUUCGCUGGCACAACAAGGAGACGGGCGAGCAGGUGGCCAUCAAGCAGUGCCGGCAGGAGCUGAGCCCGCGCAACCGCGACCGCUGGGCGCUGGAGAUACAGAUCAUGAAGAGGCUGAACCAUCCCAAUGUGGUGGCUGCCCGUGAUGUCCCUGAAGGGAUGCAGAAGCUUGCACCAAAUGACUUGCCAUUGUUGGCCAUGGAGUACUGCCAAGGCGGAGACCUCCGCAAGUACCUGAAUCAGCUGGAGAAUUGCUGUGGCUUGCGGGAAGAAGCUAUUCUCAUCUUGUUAUCUGACAUUGCUUCUGCUCUCAGGUACCUUCAUGAGAACAGGAUCAUCCACAGAGACUUGAAACCAGAGAACAUUGUGCUGCAGCAAGGAGAGCAAAGGUUAAUACACAAAAUCAUUGACCUUGGUUAUGCUAAGGAGUUGGAUCAGGGUAGCCUAUGCACAUCCUUUGUUGGGACUCUACAGUACUUGGCUCCAGAGCUGCUGGAACAGCAGAAGUAUACGGUGACGGUGGAUUACUGGAGCUUUGGCACACUGGCCUUUGAGUGCAUUACAGGCUUCCGACCAUUCCUACCCAACUGGCAGCCAGUGCAAUGGCAUACAAAAGUGCGACAGAAGAGUGAGCUGGAUAUUGUGGUUUCAGAAGACUUAUCUGGAGAAGUCAAAUUUUCUAGCAGUUUACCCUGCCCGAACAAUCUAAACAGUGUUUUGGCUGGGAGGCUGGAGAAAUGGCUGCAACUCAUGUUAAUGUGGCACCCACGGCAGAGAGGUACAGAUCCUACGUAUGGACCCAAUGGGUGUUUCAAAGCUUUGGAUGACAUUUUGAACUUGAAGUUGCUUCAUGUUUUGAACAUGGUUACGGGAACUGUACACACCUAUGCUGUGACAGAGGACGAGACUCUGGAGACUGUGAAGGCCAGGAUCCAGUCAGAUACAGGAAUCCCAGAACAGGACCAGGAGCUACUGCAGGAAGCCGGACUUGCAUUGUUUUCUCAGAAGUUGGCCACUAAACAUAUAGCUGAUAGCAAGGUGAAUGAUACUGCAGCUGCAGACACAGACCUCCUCUUCCUCUUUGAUAACCAGAAAGUUGCCUAUGAGGCUCAGGUUGCUUUGCGUCCUCAUCCAGAAAGCGUUGACUGCAUCCUUCAGGAUCCAAAGAAGAAUCUCCACUUUUUCCAGCUGCGGAAAGUGUGGGGUCAGAUCUGGCACACAAUCCGGAUGCUGAAAGAGGACUGUAACCGGCUUCAGCAGGGGCAGCGAGCAGCCAUGAUGAAUCUGUUGCGUUACAAUAGUACCCUCUCGAAGAUGAAGAAUUCUAUGGCCUCCCUUUCCCAGCAGCUGAAAGCAAAGCUGGACUUCUUUAAAACAAGCAUCCAGAUCGAUCUGGAGAAGUAUAAAGAGCAGAUUGAAUUUGGAAUUACUUCUGAGAAGCUGCUGUUUGCCUGGAAAGAGAUGGAGCAAGCUGUGGAACUUUGUGGGCGAGAGGAUGAUGUGGAUCAGCUAGUGAAGAGGAUGAUGGCCCUGCAGACGGACAUUGUGGACCUGCAGAGAAGCCCACUAGGUCGUAAACAAGGAGCAACACUGGAGGAUUUAGAAGAACAAGCCAGAGAGCUGUACCGGAGAUUGAGAGAGAAGCCAAGAGAUCAGAGGACAAGUGGUGACAGCCAAGAAAUAGUACGACUGCUCCUACAGGCAAUCCAGACCUUUGAAAAAAAAGUCCGAGUCAUUUAUGCUCAGCUCAGUAAAACUGUAGUUUGCAAACAGAAGGCACUGGAAUUGUUCCCCAGAGUGGAGAAAGUGAUGAAUCUGAUGAAUGAAGAUGAGGAAACAGUCGUUAGGCUUCAGGAGAAACGACAGAAAGAACUGUGGAACUUGCUGAAAAUUGCUUGUAGUAAAGUACGUGGUCCUGUUACUGGCAGUCCAGAGAGCAUGAACACAUCACGUCUUGGUAGCCCUGGUCAGCUGCUGCUGCAGGUCCCUUCUGGAACCUACAAUUUAUCAGAAUCUGUCAGGAAAAGUGAGGAGCUACUGCUGGAAUCACAGAAACUCUGUAGCCAACUAGAAAAUGUGAUGCAUGACACAAUGAAGGAUCAGGAGCAGAGCUUCAUGGCUCUAGAUUGGAGCUGGCUGCAGCUUCAGGUAGAAGAAACAAACAGUCCAGAACAAACCCAGAUGUAAAAUCACUUCGGUUGCCUCUGAAGACAUGCUACUUCAGGAAGCCAACUGUGAAAAGCUGCUGCCUCCAAGAAGGGAAGUUCAAGUGCCGCCUCCUACUGUCACCUACUGCUUACGUGAUACACGUGGCCUAGCUUUUAGUAUCCACCUUCUGGACACUUUUUUCACAAAGAUACAGUAGGAAACGCCUGUUCUAACUGCUUGGAAGAAGUUCUUAAUCAUGCCUUAAGACAGCAGAUAUUCUUAUUCUGUCCUGAUGUAUCUUCCCUUAGGCAUCACAUGUGGUUGUUUUGCUGCCUUUUAGGCUUUCUAAUGAACAAUGGACAACGCAUGCAAUCAGCUUGCACAGUCAGUGGUAGAUGUCACCUUCCUAAUAUACUUGAACUGUGAACUUAAUUUCUUAACUUUGCUGAUUUGCACUUUUCUCCUUAAGUGUAACGGUUGUACUUACCUAAUACUUGUUUCCUAUAUGGGAACGAAAUUAUCUAAAACAUGUAAACUUUUGGUUUGCUUUUUUUUGAUACCCUCAAUAACAUUUUGAUGAAAAAGCUG